UCUCUCGUCCUAUCCCUCCCUCCUCUCGCCCGUUCUCUUCCUUCGUGCAAACAGAGGCAAGACUUCGCCGUCGCCUUCCGCGCGAUAACCGCGCACGGACGAGCGAACGAGCGAUUUUCCGCUCCUCGUUCCUCCGCGGAACUCGCUUUCGCCCUGAAGUUAGCCGUCGUUGCGAUUGGGCGGGUCUCUCUCUCACUUGCUCCCUCACGCGCACGUUUUCGCAGUACGCGUUUAGGCUCGUCCGUGUCAGGCGUGUAUGCCGUGCGCGUUUUUCUCGUCUGUAUCGCGCCUUCGUUUUUUCUCUCUUUAUCUGCCCGUCUCUCGUUUCUCUGUUCCUUCUCCUCUUUCUCUCGCUUCUCCGCCCGUUUCGCUCCCUUCUCCCUUCUUCCCUCCGUCCUUCGCGCGAGCGCGAUCGUGCGUGUUCCGUGCAUACGCUCUCGAUCUACGCGCGAAUGGAUUUCCGCGGCCUAUUUCGACCAAUUAAACGGCCAGCAUGACAUCAGAGCAGACGGCCACUCUCGUUGCAUCGCGGCCCAGCAUUCCUAUCAAUUUGCGGGGCCCAUCGGGGCGGGGUGGAGUGGGGCGGUCGGACGGGCGAAACACCCUCCUUCGCUCGCCCUGAUUAUCGCCCCGUUAGCCUCCGUCAAGAAUAAUCGCGUACCGCGAGCUUCUUUUCACGAAUCUUGAACGGUCCUCGCUUCUUCUUCUUUAGGAUGGAAUGGGUGGAGAUCAUAGAGCCGCGCACCAAGGAACACAUGUACGCUAACCUCACCACCGGAGAAUGCGUAUGGGAUCCACCACCAGGUGUACCUGUGAAAAAGACGGACAACAAUCAGUGGUGGGAGCUAUUCGAUCAGAAUACCUCGCGUUUUUAUUAUUACAACGCGACUUCGCAGAAAACCGUGUGGCACCGCCCGAUCGACUGUGACAUCAUACCAUUGGCGAAAUUACAGACUUUAAAACAGAACACGGAGCCUGCGAGCGGUAGCACAUCCGAGACUCAGAAAGUGACUGAACCGAGAAAGAAGGAAUCCGUUUCAACACAGACGCAAACUCCCUCAGUCAGUCGGUCGACGCGUUUUAAUCACCAGGAGAAUACGAAUCUGGCUCCGACAUUGCAAGCUCUUUCUCUUGGUAGCGCGAACAAAACGCGGACCUCUGCAGUCGGCGUUGACCUUCAGACUUCUCCUCCUUCUCCGUCUCCGUCGUCGAGACGACACCAUCACCAUCACCAUCAUCACAACAACAGGCACCACAGGCACCAUGACGUACCUACGGCGCGUACCAGCAGGCAGCAUAAUCACUCGCAGGACUCUGGCAGAUCCAGUGACAGUUCCGUCUCACACAGCAGGACCUCGUUGGAAUCGAGCAGUUAUCGUCUGUUGGACUCACCACACAGACAUCAUCAUCGUUCGGCCGCCCAGACGCCGGCGAGCACCGCACAAUCCUCCCCCAGACAACACGGCAGUGGUACCCUGGAGGCGAGAUGCCACAAAAGCGGAACUCUGGAGAGCGUGAAGAACCAGAAGUCCGUUUCAAUGGGAGAACCACCGCCGCUCGGGUUGUCACUCUCAACUAGCACGCCCCUUUUCAAGAAGAAAACGUUCACUGAUCCGCAACGCGAGGGGAGAGCAGGAAACUUGGAUUUAGACAAAAGUAAAAAUGGUAGAGAAAGUAGUAGAGGCUCUUAUGGUCCCGAGCCGAGCACCUCGCCGUAUCGCGAUUCCCUAAUGGAAUCCCGAGUCUUCAGGCAAGAAAUGCCGCCAUAUCGUCCGCCGGAAGUCCAACUUAGCCAUAGUUAUAAGUCGCAGGGUGAAAAGUAUGGUUCCUUGAUGGAGAGUGGCAAUCGUUACCAUAGGGAUAGAGAGCGGGAGAUGCAGCAGCAGCAGCAACAACAGCAGCAGCAGCAGCAUCGAGAGCGAGUGAACAGUCUCGACAAGACGAACUCGCCGUCAGCCUUUUAUCCAAGUUCCGUGCACCCCAGAAAUAUGAAUAAGCAGCAGCAGGAUAAUACGGGUAGUAUAGGUAGAAGGCAUCACGGAUGCUCGGCGUCCCUCUCAGAAGCGAAUGUCCGAGACGUGUAUGGUGUAAUGUUGUCCGAAAGGAACGAGCCUGCCAAGAGCCUCGGCAGAGCCGCUGGAGUGCACAGCGCCGGUAAUCCAUCGAAGCAGAGAGGAGGCCUCGAAGUUGUCGAGCGGGAGAGAGAGCGGGACCGCGAUAAGGAGAAGGAGUACAGGCGAAACACAGCGUGCAAUAACUCCCUGGACUGUGUGCCGCAGCCGCUGGGUCGCAGUUACAGUUUCGUACAACAGCAGAAGCAGCAGCAGAAGAUGCAGCAGCAGUUGCAGCAACAGCAGCAGCAGCAACAGCAGCAGCAAGCUAGGAGGAGAGAACGGGACGACGAUUCCAUGCACGAACGUUACUUGAUGAUAAGUCAGACUCAUGAGCAAGGUAGACAGAGACUCAGUAGUAACACUAGUAGUAGCAACAGCAGCAACAGUAGCAGCAACAGUGCCGUGGGCGAGGAAAUUGAAGGCCACGCCGAGGGAGACGACAGCAAGAAGAAAAGGAGCAAUGGAAAUCCCAGUCCGCCACCGUCGCCGUUUUACGGCAACCUUCUGGCCGAUGCCGAUCAUUUGUUACCGUUGCAGCACUAUAUCCUUCAACAAGCGAAAUUAUCGGGUUGUUACAAGUUCGGAGAUCCCUUGUUGGUGGAAGAAGGAGAGGAUUCUCUGGACGAAGAAGGCGGCAGGGGCGAAGGUAUCGGCGGAAGAGGUGACGACGACUCUGACGAUCAAUUCGCCGACGAUGAGGCGGCUAGCAAUCAGGGCGAUUCUUCCAGUCAAGAGUAUCUUGAAGAUCAUUAUGCGGAUUUAGGAAAUUAUGAUACAGCAGGCUUAGCGACUUAUUACACGACAGCCGAUACUUUGACGAGGCCACAAGUGCGACCACCGUCACCACCGAAUAUAGUGUCGCAGAGGGAAGCAAGAGAUAGCGUCGUGACGACGAGACAAGUCUCUAUGCCCACCGUAAGCGCGACUCCGAGCCUCGGUAUGACGAAUGUCGACAACACUGACCUGGACGAAGCACGGAGAGACGACAGCACGGGCGGCGGCGAUAUCGAGAAGUACGCGCAGGACAAUCUCAAUCUAAACUGCGGCAGACCAAAGGGACUAAGACUGUUGUUUCGAAAGAAGUUCAGCGUGCGGGAUAUUCUCAGUUGGUCGAAGGACCCGAUACCGCAGCCGAUGCUCGCGAUGGUGGACGGUGAGAAGUUACUCAAGAGGGAAGCCUGCAACUUGUUCCGAUUGGUCCAGGUGUACAUGGGCGAUCGCAAGGCAAAUGUCGGCAUGACGUUGGAUGGCGUCGCCAUGGAUAUCGUAAACACCGCAUUCACGAAGCCGCCCCUGCGGGACGAGUUGUACGUUCAGAUUUGCCGACAAACAACGGAGAAUCCGCGGAAGGAGAGUUUGAGGCGCGGAUGGGAAUUGAUGGCUGUGUGUCUAGCAUUCGUGCCGCCUAGCGCGACGUUCGAGCCCUACCUGGAGGGUUACAUGAACAGGCAUCGCGAUCCUAACUUCCAGUUCCCCGAGGUCGCCAAGUGGCCGAUACACGUUCAGGUCAGCCACUACGCGACCGUAGCCUGCAGACGAUUGCAGCGGAUUGGUGUGCACGGCAAACGGCAACCUCGCAAGGCUACAGUGGAAGAUAUCGACCAAGCGAGGAUACAAAUCUUCCGCGCAUCCAUGUUCGGCGCGACGCUCUCGGAAGUGAUGGCUUUACAGAGGGACCGUUUCCCACACAGAGAGUUACCAUGGAUACAGACGACGCUGACACGUCAGGUGCUGGUGCGUGGCGGCACACUGACGGAGGGUAUCUUCCGGGUAUCCGCGGAUGCCGACGAGGUCAGUGCGUUAAAGUCCUGCUUGGACAGGUUCGAGGACGGCACUAUACUGGCAGCUUCUCAGGACGCGCACGCGCCCGCUUCCUUGCUAAAAUUGUGGGUACGCGAGCUGUACGAGCCGCUGAUACCGGAUUCCUUAUACAUCGAGUGCGUGUCGAUGCGGCACGACGACCCAGAAGCGUCCGCGGCGAAUGUGGCCGCGCUCGUUGACCGUUUGCCGGAUCUUAACCGUCGCGUGCUGUGUCAUCUAAUACGCUUCCUGCAGAUAUUCGCUCGACCGGAAGUGGUCGUUCGCACUAAAAUGGACGCCAAUAAUCUCGCGAUGGUGAUGGCGCCGAAUGUAUUGCGGUGCACGUCCCAGGAUCCCCGGGUAAUCUUAGAGAAUGCACGGAAGGAGAUGGCCUUCGUCCGCACUCUCAUCGAGUCACUAGACACCGCUUGGGUCGAUGAUCUUCACUGACCGCAUCCUAUCGCGCUAGAAAAAGGUCCGCUCUAGACUAUUAUGCCAAAUGAAUCAGCUGUAUAGUCAUGUCUAUGUUGUUAGUUAUCUCUCUUUCUCUCUCUCUCUCUCUUCCUCACACUGUUCUCAAUUUAUCACACUCUUGUUUGUCCAUCGUCACCGGUCUCCCCCUAUAGUCUCCCUAUAUAAAUGUUCUUCGUAACGGUAAUUCAGUGCUAAAGUCUUACCAAGCUAAUCAACCAAUCAACCCGCUCUUUAUAAUUUCCUAUUUAUUAUUUAUAUACAAAUUCUAUGUUAUAUAUAUAGAUAUAUAUAUAUACAUAUGACACACAGAUUAGAGAUUAUUAGAUUAUAUUAUGUAUAUCGCUCUAUAUCAUAUUAUAUAUUUUACCAACCCUUGUUACCGCGUCGAACAAACGUGGACGGCUUUUUUACUCGAUCAUUGUUGAAUCUCGUGUAAGAUAAAAGAAAAGAUCAUAUGUUACCGUGUAUAGCUGCGCUCCGCGAUGAUCUUUUUGUAUAAGCGACGGAUUAACGUGUAAAGCGUUUUAUCGGAGGAAUAAACACUGCGAAAGAUUAGCAAGC